AUGCUCGGACGCGCCCUCCUCUCGACUUCGCUCGGUCUCCUCUCAGUAGGCGCCGUGUCCGCGAGCACGCUCUCGUGGAACGCGACCGAGUAUCUGUUUGUGUUUGGCGACUCGUAUACGACCGACGGAUACAACAUCUCGGCUGGUAUCGACUCGCCUGACCCAGGAUACACGUCAUCCAAUGGACUAAACUGGGUCGAGUUUCUUAGUGGCACGUACAACCAGACCGACAUCACGACGUUCGAUCUGGCCUCUGGAGGCGCGACAAUCGACGCUGCGCUAGUUCCUCCCUACCUGCCCACCGUUCUGUCCGUCGUAGAUCAAGUGUCCCAGUUCAGCGAGUACCUCGCGAGCAAGCCCGCCGACGCGGAGUGGGACAGCACCAACAGUCUCUUCGCGAUCUGGAUCGGGAUCAACGACGUCGGCAACUCCGAAGGCUGGACCAACAUCACCCGCCCCGACUUUUACUCCACCCUCAUGGACCGCCUCUUCUCCCAAGUUGAUACCCUCUACGCCUCCGGCGCACGCUCCUUCCUCUUCCUCACCGUCCCGCCCACGAACCGCGCGCCGCUCUUCAUCGAGCAGGGCCCCACCGCCGCCGCGACAAUGGGCGACAACAUCGCGGACUACAACGCCCAGCUCACCGCGCGCGUGCGGAACCUCACGACCUACUACGCAAGUGAUUUGGGCAGCGUGACGCUGUUCGAUACGCAGCCGGUGUUCAACACGCUCCUGGACAACGCGGAGACGUUUGGGUUCGUGAACAGCACGGGCUACUGCGCGGCGUACGAGAACGGGACGCCGACGCCGACGUAUCAGGUCGAGGGCUGUGCCCCUGUUUCGAACUAUUUCUGGUUGAACACGCUGCACCCGCUGUUUACAGUCCACAACAUCCUCGCAAAGGCCAUUACGACAGCGCUGGCUGGCUACCCCGCCACACAGAUCGCAGUGUAG